UAAAACCACAAAACCAAUUAUAAACGGAUCAAAUUCGGGUCACCCUUAAUGGGGAUUCGUAUCAGACAAUCGCACAAUGUUUGCGGCUCUUGUGGCCUUGUGGGAACUGGACUGCUGGAGAGAGGGUCAGUAAGUAUUUUGUAUUUGUUAAGGGGAGGGACAAUUGACAAAGAUCUCUCUGGUUAUUACGAGUUGGAAGUAGGGAACCGAACAAAAUGCUGGUCGGGGUCGUAGGUGCGGCAGCAUCACCACCAGCAAUACCUUGCUUUGUUGCUUCUAUCGCCCUGAAAAAGAACUACAAGCUCAUCAACUGGGGUGUCCUCGCGUCCACCAAGCAACAGCUGAGGAUAUGGCAAGGCUCCGCAGUUCAUAUUGGAGGUGUAGGCCAAGCAGCGUUCACUUCUCUUGGUUGUCGUGGUGAUCCAUCAUCACCGUUUGCAAUUUCUUCUUCGGAUUCAAGACGACCACCUCAAGAAGAAGAGAGGAGGAGCGUGGGAGGACAGGGUAAAAGGGCUCUAAGCGGCUCAGAUGUGUUGUUCGCUUUGCAGAGAGCUGCGAUGGCUCAGAGUCAAAAAGGGAAAAGGGCUGGUACAGGAAGCAGGAGGCGCAAAGGAUCAACAUGGAACAAUAGUGGAAGACAAGGAAUGGCGGAUGAUACUACGGAUUACAGCAACGUUCGACCGUUGCGCAUAAAUGGGGAUUGGGGUGUUCGCUUGGAUGACUUGGAAAGGCGUCUCCAAGAGCUUCAGCAAGGCGCUUCCGGCGGCAUUUGACUCCAAUAGUCCAAAUACACACAAUACGAGAAGAUAAAGCAAGCUUCUAGGGUUUGUUACCUGGCUUGAUCUUGAAACUUGGAAGGACUGAUAUUGAUUCAAUCUUAUUCUUCACUGUUGCCUGUUGAAGGAAUGGAUUGUUCAUUCAUUUAUUUAUUUCUUAUUAAUAAAAAUUAUCUAUUAAAAUAAAAUACGUUAUGUUUAUUUGUGAAAAAUAAGGAGAAUGAAAAAAAAAAAACAAAGUGCUCUGCUCUGCCGCUUGGUUUAUUAUCAGUAGAUGGUAACGAUAAUUGAUUUA